CAGCAGACAGCUCGAAACACUCAAUUUACACUGAUAUCAAAGUACCGCUCGCUCAAUUUACAUCUAAAGACUGAAUGCGACAGCAGACUGCAUCGAGAAAGUCUUUAUUUACACCAGUCGCUCCGCGAAAGAAGAAACUCGCAAGUGCGCGAGAAUAUUACAAGCCUCUUCCGUCUCGCGCAGCCCCUGGAAAAAGAUGAUUUCUGCACGCAAAUCCCACUAAAAACACCAGAGACAUUCUCAACGAUGCUCGCACGGUAUGCUUAUUCCUUCUGAAAUGGAUAUACAUGCUUAAAUCCUCUCAUAUAUCCCUGUAAUUUCUCUGCUGGGAACAGAAAGUGGGCGUUUUUCCACAUUCUGGAGGAGUGCUGCAACUUGCAGUUUCAACUGCAGUAAGUUGAUUUUAAGGAAAGUGUGUCAUUCUAUCAUACAAUUAUUCAUUUUAGAGAUUAAGAACAUCAGGUGCUGCAUAUUAAGCCCUUUGGCACUGAUGAAGAUGCGCCUGGACUAGUCAGUGCACAUUCAGACACUGGGGUAAUUUAGCGAGAGGUCGAUAUGGCACAGGAGAGUGUGUACGAUAACCGCAGUAUAGUGGUGAAGUACAUCCACCAUAAGCUAUGGAAGAAGGGAUAUGUAUGGGAAGUGAAUGCCCAUGAUGACAGUGUCUCUAACGGACUGAGGUCGGGGAUGCAGGAGGACAUCCGUCACGACCCGUGCACCGCUCUUCAUAAGGUGUUACGGGAGGCUGGGGACGAGCUGGAGCGCUUAUAUCAGUCGGACUUUGCGGAGAUGUCCAAGCAGCUGCAUCUCACGUCCCUCACGGCGCACCAGCGCUUCACCUCAGUCAUAGACGAGCUGUUCAGGGACGGGGUGAACUGGGGCAGAAUUAUCGCGUUUUUCGAAUUUGGAGGGACCGUUUGUGUAGAAUGUGUGAAUAAGGAGAUGACGGCACAGGUGGACAACAUUGCGGGCUGGAUGACGGAGUAUCUAAACGGUCCGCUAUACGCCUGGAUCCAGGAAAACGGCGGCUGGGCGGCGUUCGUGGAACUCUACGGCAGACAGAGGGACUCUGUCUUCCGCGGCUCCUGGUCAUCAAUAGUAACAGUCUUUGGUCUUGCCGCUCUCGGGGCCGUUGGCUUGACCAUAGGGGCCUACCUUACACAGAAAUGAUGAACCUUCCCUUUCGUAGUCUUUUGCCCUUUCUCUCAUCCAGUCUCUUCUCUGUCUACACCCUCUCCCAGAAGACAUCCCUGUCCCAGUACUGCUCCUUUUUAAAGCUUCUCUCCUACUCCCUCACAGUCUUCUCUGCCCACAAAGACAGAAACAGCAGGAAAUGAACAUGCUGUCCACAUAUCAUAAAGAAGAAAAAUAAGGUGAAAGAGACACGGGAGGCGGCAUCAUUGGCAGAAUUAUUUCAGAUCUCAAACGGAUUGGUCACAUAAUAUUUUAGUAAUUAGCACUCAUUGGACCUUGGUGUACCUGGAUAAAAUAAAAGGGGAUGGAAAAGUACAAGGGAUCAGAGAAACAUCUUGGAGCAUGGUGGAGAUUUUGAAGGAGGUCUGUGGUGAUUGAAAGUUUAGUUUGGAAGCUAAAACCUAAUAAUACCAGCCCUCCCCAAAUGUCACUUUGAUCAUUAGAGAUACAACUUAACACACUACUAUUGAUCUGAUGUUUGUAAAAUUGGUCUUAUUUAACCCUUUGGUCUUUUAACUAUUAGUCUUUCAAGGAUAAUGUUUCUUGAGAAGUUCUUAUAGUAUAAGAAAUAACUUAAUAUCUCAUGAUAUGGCUUGACAAAGCGGUUUUCUGUCCUGUAUUCAUGUGUUUCCUAUAGUAACAGGAAGUUUGGUUGUGGCAUAUUGAAGGGCUUGCCAAUAGGUUUUAAUUUGUUUUGCUAUACAUGAUUUGCUACUGGUUGCAGAUGGUAUCUCUCAUUCUAGAGAGAAUGUGAUUGGACAAAAAAAACAAAACAAUUGGAGUCAUUAAUAUUUUUGGUCUGAAUCCUAAAAGAGAAAAGCUGUUUUAAAUGCUUAGUUUGUUUUAUUUGCAUAUAGUUGAACUCACAGAUACCAGACAUGGACUUCAUGCUAUAAACCAUUUAAUUGGAUCUUUAAAGGAUUUUGAUAAAGAAGAGCGAAAUGCAGAGAAGAUGGAAUGAAUGUCUUGUAUUGUGCUUGGCUUUCUGAUUUAAGAAGAGUUAUUUUGAAGUGCCUAGGGGCAGAAAGUAAGGAAAGAGGCCCUUGAUAUCUUAGAAUAGCUCCACAGGUACAACUGAGUCAGUUUGAAGGCUUUUCGAACAUGUCCAGCAUACAGUCUGCUGAUGUCGUACUAUACUUUUUCAUACACUAGAUACAUUCGUGCACACUCUAGUGUUCAUUCAUGCACCUACAAAAGCAGUUGUCCUGACUAAAGAUCUGGAUAUUUUAUUAGUAUUAGCACAUUACUUAAAAGCAUCAUGUUCAGGGAUCAAGUGCACAAACAACAAAUGGAAAUAUGGAAUGGAAAUCCAUUCAGUAUUCCUUGGAUUUGGUGUUUACAUUUCCCUGGUGUCUGUUCCCAAAACAGCAUGCUUAAACAAAAUCCUGCCACAUGACUAAAGGAUCAGGAGGCAGGAAAUGAAACAUUUUAGUACAAAACCAAUUGAUACGAGCAACUGUAUACAGUGUGUGCCAUAGUGCCAGCUUUAGUGCAUUGCAUUUGCAUUGGUCACUUCAGAAUUCACACAGAACCAAAAUGAAACUUCAGAGGGCCUUGCAAUGCUUCUUGAUGGUGGAGGUUACUAAAUGUUUGCUCAGACUGAUCCAUUCUCAACGGAGACUACAUCAUCAACAGACAGUGGCAUCAUGUUAGGGUGCUAACAAACAUUUAUAAAAUGGAUGCCCUUGGUUUCUGCUUUGAUCUUACAUCUGUAAGCAGUCAUCGUUCCUUGUUAUCCAUUCUUUAUGGAUGUAUGUUCAUGUUAGAAAGUGACAAAUACAGUAUUUUAAUCAGUGGUUUAUGGAUGAAUUUGGAAAUCAACCUUGUCCAGCAAAGCACACGAACUGGCUUGUUGGCUGUACAUGUAUUGCCAUGUGUCUGUACUGUAUGUAUUGAUAAGGUCAACGAAAUAAUCAACAACAGAAAGCUUUAUGUAAAACAAGUUAGCUUUUAAAAUGAACAGUUUGUCUUGUUACAAUUGUGUCAUAAAUGGAUGCUGUUUGUCUAGUUUACAGCUACGAUUCUCUCCGACACUUAACAUUUGCUCAAAUGUUUAUAAUACUGAUAGCUUUUUUAUUCUAAUUCCAUUUUUAUUUAUUUUAGGUACCAAUCAUUAAACUAGUUUCAAGAUAAUAAAUAAAUAAUAAAGCGAUUUUUAUUUUAUUCGAAAGUUUUAAGCUUCUCUGUAAGAGUUGGAAAACAUAUUAGAUCCUAAUUUGCUGAAUAAAUGCUGCUUAAAAAUGUAAAGAUUUUAAAAUAUGUAAAUCAAUGUAAUUUCCUGCUGGAUGUGUGGAGAUGUAAUGAAUAUUCAUACUUAAUUUAAUCUUGUAAAUUCCACUCUUACUGUAGCAGUAUGGCACACCAUAUAUUUUAUUUAUUUUUAUUCAUCAUAUAACAUCUUACAUCUUAACUGGAGACCACUAAAAUGUAUUCUAGUGUUGUAUUAUCACUAGUGAUAAAUGUCAAAUUACAUUUGAAUGACAAUUAGAAUUCUACAAGGACUUCUGAUGUUUGAGGCUUAACAUUUGACCUUAAAAUAAGUAUGCAAAUAUGUUUAUCAUCAUUAAACUGAGUCUCUUUGCUGUAGUAUGGACACAAACUCCAUCUGUAGCUUCUGUCAAAGAGGUUCAUUGUGGAAUUUAGGUGGUGCUACUAAAAUCCAGCUGUUUUAUUCCGAGCAUAACUGUAUGAACAACAGAACAACAUGUUUUAUUUCUUUCGAGAAUUAUGUUUAAAUUUUGUCCAUUAAAUUCUUCCGUUAAUGUCUACUAAGUAAAAUUCAGCUUUGACUUGUCUUAUCUUCACUCAAGGUUGUGUUAAAAAAAAAUGGCAUGUUAAAAUUUAGCUUUUGCUUGAGAAGAUAUGUCUUAUGAACAUGUCUUUUAGUUUGAUGUUUGAAAAUCUAUUUAAUUUAUAUAUAUAUAUAUAUAUAUAUAUAUAUAUAUAUAUACACAUACACACACACACACACACACACACACACACACACACACACAGUAUAUGAUGUAUAGAUGGACUUUUCUUUGCACUAUUAUAUUUGAGUGCUUUGAAGAAAGAUAUAUUAGUCUUUUAAAGAAUGCAUCAUUCAUUAGACUGUAUUUAACAUUGGGUGACAUUUCAUGAGCACUCUCUAAAGUCAAUAUGAAAUGCCCUUUCAACCCAUUUUCUUUCUGUAAAGUGACGGAAGUGUGUCAAACUGGUUCCCUUUCAAGUGGGUCACUUAAAUGUUGCAUCAGUUGCUGAUGCUAUGUGAAACUCUGCCCAGGAGUAACAAUCUCUGAAGCCCUUUAAAAUCAUGGCAAUCUAUUGGCAGAUAGUGCUUGAUGCUUCGCCGCGGGCAUCUAAUUCACCAGCACCAUUUCAUCAUAAUUUUCUUCUACAGGGUCACAUUUUUCUGCUCUGAAUGCCUGAAUCUUCACUUCCUCUUUGAUAUUGCACAUCUUUAAAGCGAGUGGAUUAUUUUAUUAUUCCCUGUUGUUCUCCGACACACAAUGUAUCCUUUUAACACUUCCGUGUUUGAUAUUGUGCAUUAUGUUUUACUGUGUGUGUUCUUUAAGUGAAAAAAAACAUAAGAGCCUUUUGCUUAACAAUGUCUUUGUAAAGAUGAUGUAUUGCAAAUUAAUCCAUAACCACAUGAAAAAACAAGCAAUAUAUCCCUCUAACCAAUGGGCAUGAGUGCUGUUUAAAUAGGUGGCGCUCUUGAAAAUGAUUGUGUUCAUUUUGUUCUGAAAGCUGAAGCCGCCCCACUCAACUCCCGCUACACUCCUUAUGAGGGAGGUGCACGAGGAUGAGAUAUAGUACACAGAGUUUGAGGAUGAUUUGUCGCAGCUUUUUGUCUGCUGUGGAGGAUGUUCAAUAGGUUUGGCUGUCUCCAACUUCAAGACUUUCUCACUGGGUUGUCGACUCUGUUGUGUUUGCUUAUGAUUCACAAGGCGUGCCAUGUCCCAUGGGUGUUAAGGCUCACUCUACCUUUUCCAGGUUUUAUAACUUGGAUGUCUCUCCCCACUUUUCGCAGGUCAUUACUGCGAAAGAGGUUUGUUUUUCCAAUAUUCACUAGCUAGUGCAUUGUAUUUUGACUAUCAGUCUCAUGACCAUGUCAUUCUUUGCUCUUUCCAGCUUGAAGAUGUUUGAUGUCCUAAUACCCUGUUGGAUAGUUGCUUAUGUUAAUUGGUCUGACAGCCUUAACAGUUUUCCCCACCAUGGUGUGGAUUUCUACAGUGGCACAGAGCUUCACUGCCUGGUUUGGCUUGUGUCUCAGUGGUAUUCUUUGCCUUAAAUGGCUGAAUUCUAUCUCUCUUUCUAUUUGUCAAUAUGAAGGCUCAGUGCCUUUUAACUACCCUACUGGCUAGUAGGCAUUGCGUGUGGAUCAGUUGCAUGGUGUGAUGGUAUAUUUUUUCCACAGCAUCAGCAACUGACUCAGCGUCAAAGUGACUGACUUGAAAGGGAACGGUGUGGUUAUGACUGUAAGACUUGUUCCCUGAAAGGAGGGAACAAGAUGCUCUGUUUGCAUGCUACACUACUUAUUUCUUGCUGUUAAGGGUGCUGUCUUCCAUUGAGUCGAAAAUCCUGUUGAAAUGGCACUGUGCUCCGGUUUAUUUGCUCGCUGUGACGCACGCAUCUGGUGGAGCAUUAAGCACUAUCUGCCGAUAUAUAGGCGUGAUUUUAAAAGGCUUCUUAUAUGUCGUCACUCAGCAACUGACACAGCAUCUUGUACCCUCCUUUCAAGGAUCCAGGGUUACAGUUUUAACCAUACUGAUUUUCAAGGGGAGGGAUCAACAUUCACUAAAAAGUUGCUUCAAAAGCAGAGCACAUUAUUACAUUUUGAUGAAAGACUUCAAAGACAAAUAUAUUUGUAGAAUUUUGAAUAAAAACAAAUGGAUUAGAAAGAACAUUGUUUAAGAAAGUAAAUAGUCCAUUUUGAAUUCUUGUUGACUUUAAACAUUAAAAAGUUGAAAAGGACCACAACAUAAACUUUCACAAUGUACAGUACACACAAAAUAUGUUUCUGAAUGAUCCUGUAUUGCAGUGUUGUUACACCUGGAGCAGUUUCAUGUUUCAAGAAAGCUACUAUAUGUCAUAGCAAUGCACAGCAUACACACACACUGUGCUCACCGUUCUCUUGUGUAUGUUCGUUUCACUGCUUGGAUAAGCAACUAGAGUCCUUUUGUUCCUGCCAAAAAAUUAAGAUUCAAUAAAACAAAUUUA